AUGGCAAUGAGACAGACCCCUCUCACUUGCUCUGGACACACUAGACCAGUUGUGGACUUGGCAUUUAGUGGAAUAACACCCUAUGGAUAUUUUCUGAUAAGUGCAUGCAAAGGUACGUUUUUCUGAAGUUACAAUUUAAGCAACAUAAGUGCUCAUUCUUGUCAGAGUUAUGUAGUUAGCUAGUAAGUCAUUUUACAGCCUUCUACUCCCUGUAGAUGGCAAACCCAUGUUGCGCCAAGGGGACACUGGGGACUGGAUUGGGACGUUCCUAGGUCACAAGGGAGCUGUUUGGGGAGCCACUCUGAACAAUGAUGCCACAAAGGCAGCAACCGCAGCAGCAGAUUUUACAGCGUGGGUUUGACCACUCAUUAUAUUAGACUAAUGGCGCACAUUACCUUAACAUUUUGCACCUUUUGAAUAUCACCAUCCCUGUUAAACGCAUUUGUUUCCCCAUCAGUAAAGUGUGGGAUGCAGUGUCAGGAGAUGAAGUCCUCACCCUGGCACACAAGCACAUUGUCAAAUCUGUGAACUUCACACUGGUAAGAAGAUACAAACUAUUUGAGUUUGAACAUAGUGUGGACUGUGGAAGCUUUAGUCAUAGUUGUGAUAUCCUUUUCCUGUUUCUCUGAAAUCCCUAGGACAGUAAUCACCUGUUGACGGGGGGAAAUGAUAAGAUGUUGCGCAUUUUUGACAUGAGCAAGCCAGAUGCAGGUGAGUUGUUAUUAUUAUGAGUAGCUUUCAUGAAUGUAGCUUUACUCAGUAAACUGAUUGUGUGGAGUGUAUUUUAUUUCAAUAUUAUGUGUGUCCACCUGUGCAUUUUGCAGAGCCACAAGAGAUUGCAGGCCACCGUGGUGCCAUAAAGAAAGCUUUGUGGUGCAACAAUGAUAAACAAAUGUUAUCUGCUGCAGAUGACAAAACUAUACGGUGAGAAGUAUAGCUUUGCAUUUGAUAACAGUACUGUAUGGGGGGGGGGGGGAAAAUGAUCAAUAAUAGUAAGGUAUGGGAUAAUGUAUUUACCAAUAAAUGGUGUUGAUGCUUGAUGUCAUGGUGGUGCUGUGUCCAGGCUUUGGGACAGGAGCAGUACGGAGGUGGUGAAGAGCCUGUCCUUCGAGGCGUCGGUCAGCAGCAUGGAGUACAUGCCUGAGGGAGAAAUUCUGGUCGUCACUUACGGCAAGACCAUCGCUUUCUACAACGCCCUCAGGUAUGGCACACAACCAUCAGCCUUAGAAAAACUAUAUUGCACUAAACCCUAAAAUGCUUCUAUUUAGUUGAAUCGGCUAUUGUGAAGGACAGACAGUAAAACAGUAUUGUGAGCAGUCAUAUUACAGUAUGUCUGCUGUUAAUCAAACCCAUUGUCUAAAAAUGUACAGUGGAUGGAGAUGGAGAGUAUGAGAUUGUCUACAACUUGUCUGAGCUGAUGACAAAAAUGCAAUGUUUCCAGCCUUGACCUGAUCAAAACCGUUGACGCUCCUGCCUCCAUUCACUCUGCCUCACUUCACCCAGACAAGGACUUCUUUGUUGCCGGUGGAGAUGAUUUUAAAAUCUACAAAUAUGACUACAGCACUAAGGAGGAACUAGGUAAAUCCAACCCCAAAGAGCUACAAGGUUUUCUUAGAUUGCGUCUUUGUAUUUUUCCUCAUUUCCUUUGAGGUGUGUAUGUAUAAAUGUGUACACUGGGUGUACAAAACAUUAAGAACUCUUUCCAUGACAGACUGACCAGGUGAAUCCAGGUGAAAGCAAUGAUCCCUUAUUGAUGUCACUUGUUAAAUCCACUUCAAUCGGUGAAGGGGAGGAGACGGGUUAAAGAAGGAUUUUUAAGCCUUGAGACAUGUACAGUGGGGAGAACAAGUAUUUGAUACACUACCGAUUUUGCAGGUUUUCCUACUUACAAAGCAUGUAGAGGUCUGUAAUUUUUAUCAUAGGUACACUUCAACUGUGAGAGACGGAAUCUAAAACAAAAAUCUAGAAAAUCACAUUGUAUGAUUUUUAAGUAAUUCAUUUGCAUUUUAUUGCAUGACAUAAGUAUUUGAUCACCUACCAACCAGUAAGAAUUCCGGCUCUCACAGACCUGUUCGUUUUUCUUUAAGAAGCCCUCCUGUUCUCCACUCAUUACCUGUAUUAACUGCACCUGUUUGAACUCGUUACCUGUAUAAAAGACACCUGUCCACACACUCAAUCAAACAGACUCCAACCUCUCCACAAUGGCCAAGACCAGAGAGAUGUGUAAGGACAUCAGGGAUAAAAGUGUAGACCUGCACAAGGCUGGGAUGGGCUACAGGACAAUAGGCAAGCAGCUUGGUGAGAAGGCAACAACUGUUGGCGCAAUUAUUAGAAAAUGGAAGAAGUUCAAGAUGACGGUCAAUCACCCUCGGUCUGGGGCUCCAUGCAAGAGCUCACCUCGUGGGGCAUCAAUGAUCAUGAGGAAGGUGAGGGAUCAGCCCAGAACUACACGGCAGGACCUGGUCAAUGACCUGAAGAGAGCUGGGACCACAGUCUCAAAGAAAAUCAUUAGUAACACACUACGCUGUCAUGGAUUAAAAUCCUGCAGCGCAUGCAAGGUCCCCCUGCUCAAGCCAGCGCAUGUCCAGGCCCGUCUGAAGUUUGCCAAUGACCAUCUGGAUGAUCCAGAGGAGGAAUGGGAGAGGUCAUGUGGUCUGAUGAGACAAAAAUAGAGCUUUUUGGUCUAAACUCCACUCGCCGUGUUUGGAGGAAGAAGAAGGAUGAGUACAACCCCAAGAACACCAUCCCAACCGUGAAGCAUGGAGGUGGAAACAUAAUUAUUUGGGGAUGCUUUUCUGCAAAGGGGACAGGACGACUGCACCGUAUUGAGGGGAGGAUGGAUGGGGCCAUGUAUCGCGAGAUCUUGGCCAACAACCUCUUUCCCUCAGUAAGAGCAUUGAAGAUGUGUCGUGGCUGGGUCUUCCAGCAUGACAACGACCCAAAACACACAGCCAGGGCAACUAAGGAGUGGCUCCAUAAGAAGCAUCUCAAGGUCCUGGAGUGGCCUAGCCAGUCUCCAGACCUGAACCCAAUAGAAAAUCUUUGGAGGGAGCUGAAAGUCCGUAUUGAACCAGCGACAGCCCCGAAACCUGAAGGAUCUGGAGAAGGUAUGGAGGAGUGGGCCAAAAUCCCUGCUGCAGUGUGUGCAAACCUGGUCAAGACCUACAGGAAACGUAUGAUCUCUGUAAUUGCAAACAAAGGUUUCUGUACCAAAUAUUAAGUUAUGCUUUUCUGAUGUAUCAAAUACUUAUGUCAUGCAAUAAAAUGCAAAUUAAUUACUUAAAAAUCAUACAAUGUGAUUUUCUAGAUUUUUGUUUUAGAUUCCGUCUCUCACAGUUGAAGUGUACCUAUGAUAAAAAUGACAGACCUCUACAUGCUUUGUAAGUAGGAAAACCUGCAAAAUCGGCAGUGUAUCAAAUACUUGUUCUCCCCACUGUAUGUGUGCCAUUCAGAGGGUGAAUGGGCAAGACAAAAGAUGUGUGCCUUCGAACGGGGUAUGGAAGUAGGUGCAAGGCGCAACGGUUGUGUCAAGAACUGCAAUGCUGCUGGGUUUUUCAUGCUCAAGUUUCCCAUGUGUAUCAAGAAUGGUCCACCACCCAAAGGACAUCCAGCCAACUUGACAACUGUGGGAAGCAUUAGUCAACAUUGGCCAGUAUCCCUGUAGAACGCUUUCAACACCUUGUAGAGUCCACGCCCCGACAAAUUGAGGCUGUUCUGAAAGCAAGAGGGGGAUAUUAAGGUGUUAGUGUGUGUAUAUAUGUAUGUAUACAGUGAGGGGGGAAAAAAGUAUUUGAUCCCCUGCUGAUUUUGUACGUUUGCCCACUGACAAAGAAAUGAUCCGUCUAUAAUUUUAAUGGUAGGUUUAUUUGAACAGUGAGAGACAGAAUAACAACAAAAAAAUCCAGAAAAACACGUCAAAAUGUUAUUUCCCUCAUUAAAAUGCAAAUCAAUUUAUAAGUAUUUGACCCCCUCUCAAUUAGAAAGAUUUCUGGCUCCCAGGUGUCUUUUAUACAAGCUGAGAUUAGGAGCACACUCAUAAAGGGAGUGCUCCUAAUCUCAGUUUGUUACCUGUAUAAAAGACACCUGUCCACAGAAGCAAUCAAUUAUUCAGAUUCCAAACUCUCCACCAUGGCCAAGGCCAAAGAGCUCUCCAAGGAUGUCAGGGACAAGAUUGUAGACCUACACAAGGCUGGAAUGGGCUACAAGACCAUCGCCAAGCAGCUUGGUGAGAAGGUGACAACAGUUGGUACGAUUAUUCGCAAAUGGAAGAAACGCAAAAUAACUGUCAAUCUCCCUCGGCCUGGGGCUCCAUGCAAGAUCUCACCUCGUGGAGUUGCAAUGAUCAUGAGAACGGUGAGGAAUCAGCCCAGAACUACAUGGGAGGAUCUUGUCAUUGAUCUCAAGGCAGCUGGGACCAUAGUCCCCAAGAAAACAAUUGGUAACACACUAUGCCGUGAAGGACUGAAAUCCUGCAGCGCCCGCAAGGUCCCCCUGCUCAAGAAAGCCCAUAUACAGGGCCGUCUGAAGUUUGCCAAUGAACAUCUGAAUGAUUCAGAGGAGAACUGGGUGAAAGUGGUGGUCAGAUGAGACCAAAAUCGAGCUCUUUGGUAUCAACUCAACUCGCUGUGUUUGGAAGAGGAGGAAUGCUGCCUAUGACCCCAAGAACACCAUCCCCACCGUCAAACAUGGAGGUGGAAACAUUAUGCUUUAGGGGUGUUUUUCUGCCAAGGGGACAGGACAACUUCACUGCAUCAAAGGGACGAUGGACGGGGCCAUGUACCGUCAAAUCUUGGGUGAGAACCUCCUUCCCUCAGCCAGGGCAUUGAAAAUGGGUCGUGGAUGGGUAUUCCAGCAUGACAAUGACCCAAAACACACAGCCAAGGCAACAAAAGAGUGGCUCAAGAAGAAGCACAGUAAGGUCCUGGAGUGGCCUAGCCAGUCUCCAGACCUUAAUCCCAUAGAAAAUAUGUGGAGGGAGCUGAAGGUUUGAGUUGCCUCAACCUUAAUGACUUGGAGAAGAUCUGCAAAGAGGAGUUGAACAAAAUCCCUCCUGAGAUGUGUGCAAACCUGGUGGCCAACUACAAGAAAUGUCUGACCUCUGUGAUUGCCAACAAGGGUUUUGCCACCAAGUACUAAGUCAUGUUUUGCAGAGGGGUCAAACACUUAUUUCCCUCAUUAAAAUGCAAAUCAAUUUAUUUAUUUUUUUACAUGCGUUCUUCUGGAUUUUUUUGUUGUUAUUCUGUCUCUCACUGUUCAAAUAACCCUACCAUUUAAAAUUAUAGACUGAUCAUGUCUUUGUCAGUGGGCAAACGUACAAAAUCAGCAGGGGAUCAAAUACUUUUUUUUCCCCCUCACUGUACACAAAAUAGUCCAAAUUGGUGAAGUGAAAUGAAAAAAAUUACUUGUGCUGCAAGUCUCUUGGGGUAAAAGUGGUGCGUGCAUACGUAUUCACCCCCCUUUGCUAUGAAGCCCCUAAAUAAGAUCUGGUGCAACCAAUUACCUUCAGAAGUCACAUAAUUAGUUAAAGUCCACCUGUGUGCAAUCUAAGUGUCACAUGAUCUGUCACACGAUCUCAGUAUGUAUACACCUGUUCUGAAAGGCCCCAGAGUCUGCAACACCACUAAGCAAGGGGUACCAUGAAGACCAAGGAGCUCUCCAAACAGGUCAGGGACAAAGUUGUGGAGAAGUACAGAUCAGGGUUGGGUUAUAAAAAAAUAUCCAAAACUUUGAACAUCCCACGGAGCACCAUUUAAAUCCAUUAUUUAAAAAAUGGAAAGAAUAUGGCACCACAACAAACCUGCCAAGAGAGGGCCGCCCACCAAAACACAUGGACCAGGCAAGGAGAGCAUUAAUCAGAGAGGCAACAGAGACCAAAGAUAACCCUGAAGGAGCUGCAAAGCUCCACAGGAGAGAUUGGAGUAUCUGUCCAUAGGACCACUUUAAGCCGUACACUCCACAGAGCUGGGCUUUACGGAAGAGUGGCCAGAAAAAAGCCAUUGCUUAAAGAAAAAAAAUUACCAAACACGUUUGGUGUUCGCCAAAAGGCAUGUGGGAGACUCCCCAAACAUAUGGAAGAAGGUACUCUGGUCAGAUGAGACUAAAAUUGAGCUUUUUGGCCAUCAAGAAAAACACUAUGUCUGGCGCAAACCCAACACCUCUCAUCACCCCUGAAAACACCAUCCCCACAGUGAAGCGUGGUGGCAGCAUCAUGCUGUGGGGAUGUUUUUCAAUCGGCAGGGACUGGGAAACUGGUCAGAAUUGAAGGAAUGAUGGAUGGCACUAAAUACAGGGUAAUUCUUGAGGGAAACCUGUUUUGAGACUGGGAUGGAGGUUCAGCUUCCAGCAGGACAAUGACCCUAAGCAUACUGCUAAAGCAACACUCGAGUGGUUUAAAGGGAAACAUUACAUUUCUUGGAAUGGCCUAGUCAAAGCCCAGACCUCAAUCCAAUUGAGAAUCUGUGGUAUGACUUAAAGAUUGCUGUACACCAGCGGAACCCAUCCAACUUGAAGGAGCUGGAGCAGUUUUGCCUUGAAGAAUGAGCAAAAAUCCCAGUGGCUAGAUGUGCCAAGCUUAUAGAGACAUACCCCAAGAGACUUGCAGCUGUAAUUGCUGCAAAAGGUGGCUCUACAAAGUAUUGACUUUGGGGGGGGUUGAAUAGUUAUGCACGCUCAAGUUCAGUUUUUUUGUCUUAUUUCUUGUAUGUUUCACAAGAAAAAAUAUUUUGCAUCUUCAAAGUGGUAGGCAUGUUGUGUAAAUGAAAUGAUACAAACCCCCCAAAAAAUCCAUUUUAAUUCCAGGUUGUAAGGCAACAAAAUAGGAAAAAUGCCAAGGGGGGUGAAUACUUUCGCAAGCCACUGUACCUUGUCACAACACAACUGAUUGGCUCAAACGCAUUAAGGAAAGAAAUUCCACAAAUUAACUUUUAAGAAGGCAUACCUGUUAAUUGAAGUGCAUUCCAGGUGACUACCUCAUGAAGCUGGUUGAGAGAAUGCCAAGAGUGUGCAAAGCUGUCAAGGCAAAGGGUGGCUAUUUUGAAGAAUCUCAAAUAUAAGAUUUAUUUGUUUAACCCUUUUUUGGUUACAUGAUUCCAUGUGUUAUUUCAUAGUUUGUUAUCACUUAUUCUACAAUGUAAAAAAUAGUAAAAAUAAAGUAAAACCCUUGAACGAGUAGGUGUCAACUUUUGACUGGUAGUGUAUAUUCACAUAUACAGUGAGGGGAAAAAAGUAUUUGAUCCCCUGCUGAUUUUGUACGUUUGCCCACUGACAAAGACAUGAUCAGUCUAUAAUUUUAAUGGUAGGUUUAUUUGAACAGUGAGAGACAGAAUAACAACAACAAAAUCCAGAAAAAUGCAUGUAAAAAAUGAUAUAAAUUGAUUUGCAUUUUAAUAAGGGAAAUAAGUAUUUGACCCCUCUGCAAAACAUGACUUAGUACUUGUUGGCAAUCAGAGGUCAGACGUUUUUGUAGUUGGCCACCAGGUUUGCACACAUCUCAGGAGGGAUUUUGUCCCACUCCUCUUUUCAGAUCUUCUCCAAGUCAUUAAGGUUUUGAGCCUGACGUUUGGCAACUCGAACCUUCAGCUCCCUCCACAGAUUUUCUAUGGGAUUAAGGUCUGGAGACUGGCUAGGCCACUCCAGGACCUUAAUGUGCUUCUUCUUGAGCCACUCCUUGGCCAUGUGUUUUGGGUCAUUGUCAUGCUGGAAUAUCCAUCCACGACCCAUUUUCAAUGCCCUGGCUGAGGGUACAGUACAUGGCCCCGUCCAUCGUCCCUUUGAUGCAGUGAAGUUGUCCUGUCCCCUUUGCAGAAAAACACCCCCCAAAGCAUAAUGUUUCCACCUCCAUGUUUGAAGGUGGGGAUGGUGUUCUUGGGGUCAUAGGCAGCAUUCCUCCUCCUCCAAACAAGGCGAGUUGAGUUGAUGCCAAAGAGCUUGAUUUUGGUUUCAUCUGACCACAACACUUUCACCCAGUUCUCCUCUGAAUCAUUCAGAUGUUCAUUGGCAAACUUCAGAUGGGCCUGUAUAUGUGCUUUCUUGAGCAGGGGGACUUGCGGGCGCUGCAGGAUUUCAGUCCUUCAUGGCGUAGUGUGUUACCAAUUGUUUUCUUGGUGACUAUGGUCCCAGCUGCCUUGAGAUCAUUGACAAGAUCCUCCCGUGUAGUUCUGGGCUGAUUCCUCACCGUUCUCAUGAUCAUUGCAACUCCACAAGGUGAGAUCUUGCAUGGAGCCCUAGGCCGAGGGAGAUUGACAGGUCUUUUGUGUUUCUUCCAUUUGCGAAUAAUCGCACCAACGGUUGUCAACUUCUCACCAAGCUGCUUGGCGAUGGUCUUGUAGCCCAUUCCAGCCUUGUGUAGGUCUACACUCUUGUCCCUGACAUCCUUGGAGAGCUUGGAAUCUGAUUGAUUGCUUCUGUGGACAGGUGUCUUUUAUACAGGUAACAAAUUGAGAUUAGGAGCACUCCCUUUAAGAGUGUGCUCCUAAUCUCAGCUCGUUACAUGUAUAAAAGACACCUGGGAGCCAGAAAUCUUUCUGAUUGAGAGGGGGUCAAAUACUUAUUUCCCUCAUUAAAAUGCAAAUCAAUUUAUAACAUUUUUGACAUGAAUUUAUCUGGAUUUUGUUGUUAUUCUCUCUCACUGUUCAAAUAAACCUACCAUUAAAAUGAUAGACUGAUCAUUUCUUUGUCAGUGGGCAAAUGUACAAAAUCAGCAGGGGAUCAAAUACUUUUUUUCCUCACUGUACAUAUAUAUAUAUAUAUAUUGCGCUGCAUGAGGCAAAUGGUGGUCACACCAGAUACUGGCUUGUUUUCUGAUCAACCCCCCCUACCGUUUUAAAAUAUCUUAAUUCCCAGUCAUGUGAAAUCCAUAGAUUAGGGCCUAACACAUUUUUUUAAUUGAUUGAUUUCCUUAUAUGAACUGUAACUCAGUAAAGUCUUUGUUGCAUUUAUAUUUUUGUUCAGUAUGUGUGUAUAUAUACACCCACUCAUUGUGACUAGUUAAAAUGUUCAUAUGAAUCAAUGUCUUUGAAGUCAAGCGUCUCACCUUGAGAAAAACUUCAAUGGAAUCUUCCAUCUCUCUCCUUUGUGUAGAGUCAUAUAAGGGCCACUUUGGGCCGGUCCAUUGUGUUCACUUUAGUCCAGACGGGGAGCUCUAUGCCAGCGGCUCAGAGGAUGGAACACUCCGCCUGUGGCAGACAGCCGUGGGUAAAACCUACGGCCUGUGGAAAUGCGUGCUGCCAGGUGAGGGGGGGCAGACAAUAAAUCUGUCCCUGUGGUCCAUUUCAAUUGGAUGUCAUUCCAGAAAUAUGAAGUAGCUAGCAUUUAGACUAAUUUGUUUUCUAAUAAAAAUUAAGUAAAAAAAAUACUGAUUAGAAUUAUUUGUUGGUUCACAGAGGAGCUGAUCUCAGACAACUGUGAUGUCUCCUACCCAGCUACACCUGAAAUAAAGGCCUGAGGUCCAGGACCCAACAACAGAGUUCCUCCAAGAGGAGGGAGGAGCCAGUUGGUCUACACACAACUUCUGGCAGGGUCCCUAUCCACUAUCCCUAAAUUGGGACUAAUGUGGGGAAGAGAUUAACUUUGAGUCCUAACACACACGCUAUGUCUGUCAGUGCUCAUCCUAUUGCAGAUUUUACUCCAUUUUGACGAUGUGACCAUGCAGCCUGAUCUGGUUUUUCCAUUAGGAAGUAUUUGGGCUUUAUUUGCCAAGCAUCAGAUGUUAGUUUUUAUCAAUAGUAUAUGGGAGAGAUGUUAACAUUGAGAAAAUACAUCUUAGUACUUUGCCUCUUUAUUCCUAUUUUGCAAGUGUUGCAGCUAUUUCAUUGUUAAAUUAAAGAAUGUUAACAUGCUGUCUCUAUGGAACCAUUCAUGGUGCAAACUAAACAGUCACAAACCAGAAUGAAUUACAUUAACAGAUUGUACACAACUAGUAUUUAUAUUCCUCUUCACAAAACAACAAAAGAAACAAAUAACUGAUGGGCAAACUUUGCAGCGCAAGCACACUUCAUAGAGGGCGCUUGGCACCACUUUGCUUACUGUUAGAAAAUGAUGACCAAUAUGGCAUUUUCUUGCCUAGUCCACAAAGACAGUAUCAUGAUUGUCUUUCAUCAAAGGUAUGCCCUAAUAUUUUGUUUCAGUGUGCUAGUAAAAGCCAAAGAUACUAUCAACUUCAACCAUACUAUGCUGAAGAGAGAUGUAUACCGGGCAUACAAAACAUUAAGAACACCUGC